GUCAUUAGAGCGCGACCGGCGCGAUGCGUAAAUGGCGGACCUUAGCGACCUUGUCGUUCGGAGCGGCCGUCGGCGCCUCGGCGAGCCACCUGUGGAGGCCUUCGGGUGGCGAGGAGGGUCUGCAGCCGGUCUUUCCGCUGGGUCCGGUCCCGAGUGUCCACGCCGCCUCCGAAUUGACGUUGAGCAGGUCUUCGGGGGGCGCCGUCAUGAAAUACGGCUUCCCCUCGCUAUCCAACAUCCGCACGAGAGACUCCUACGUGAGCUCGUACGACCCGCGCACCCGGACGCCCGCGUGGGUCAUUGAGAGGCUCAGCGGCGACACGCUCGGCGGGGCGGCGGACAGGACGUGCUGCGACUUCAAGGAGGACGACAGUGUCCACUUCUUCCACCGCGCCACCAACGCCGACUACAAGGGGAGCGGCCUCGACAGAGGUCACAUGGCAGCGGCGGCUAAUCACAAGUGGAGCCAAAAGGCCAUGGACGACACUUUCUACCUGAGCAACGUGGCCCCCCAGAACCCCCACUUGAACCAGAACGCGUGGAACAACCUGGAGAAGCUGUGUCGCUCGCUGACCAAACGUUACGCCAACGUCUACGUGUGCACCGGCCCACUCUAUCUGCCCAGGCAGGAAGCUGACGGCAAACUAUACGUGCGCUACCAAGUUGUGGGUCGGAACCACGUCGCCGUGCCGACGCACUUCUUUAAGGCUCGGUACUGCGUUUGCAAUCGUUCGCAAUGCAACACAAUCGGACACCAGGGUGCUCAUCCAUCUGUCAGCAAUGUUUUCGUUGCGGAGGACUUUGAGGGCGUUUCAAGUGCUCAUGGCGUCUUUUCUUAUUUUGGUCAUUCCACAAAGAUGGCGGCCAAUGCUCACGUCUUAAUGAUGAGGCAGGACAUUUUGUCAAGGCUGUUACGACACAUUCAACAUGGCGGCCGCAGUGACAUGGUUCUCCUUUGCGUAGUCGUCAAUUCUCAUGUCACAUGCGUGUCGCCGUCCCAGGUGUUGAUCUUGGAGCGCGGCGGCGCUCAGGAGGGCGUGGAACUGCGCUCAUACGUCCUUCCCAACGAGGCUGUGGACCAGAAGAUCCCUCUGGAGCGCUUCCUGGUUCCCAUAGAAACCAUUGAGAGGGCGUCAGGCCUCCUGUUUGUCCCCAACAUCGUGCGGGCCAGCGACACCAUUGCCGCCAAGUAGCCCGAGCGACGAAGACACGGCGGGAGUUUUGUCCGUGGCGUGGCCAACUCUGCAAAAAUAAAAGCAAGGCAAAAGACU